UCACUUUUUUUUUUGUGCCUAUCAUUUAACUUUACUGUUGGUGGGCUACUUCAGUGGCUCCAAUUGAUUCUUCUGAAUUCACCAUUUACACUAAUUUUUCUUGAUUCUUUGGCAAAAAUUAAUUGAAUAAAAAAUCUCACUGGUGAAAGCUGAUAUAUUUACAACUCUACUCUUGUAUCGAAGUUGCUAAACAAAUGCUGCUUUUUUACAUUAUCUUUUGUGAAUGUAUGAGACAGCAUCUUUCUUUGGGUUUUUCUAUAGCUUCAAUGCUUGAGAUCUCAAGUGGGGAGGAGGAUCUAUGAAUGAGUGACUAUGGAAUUAGACUUCGACAAAUAUUGUGUUGUAGAUGGGAGUCCUACUACCGUACUUCCAGCUCCACGGCGUCGUUCUAGGAAAUCGAGUAGUAAGCUCAAGUGUGGGAAUGAGCUGCUCAGCCUCAAUGAAGAGUUCACUGAGAUUGGGUUUAACCGUUACCGUAGUGCAUCAUGUAGAGAUGCCCCAAAAAUCCAUCGGGAAGGUCGUCAUCAACUGCUGAAGCGGGGCUCAGUUUAUCAGAGCUCCAAAGAAGUGGGAUUGCUGAGGAGAAAUGAUGAUGUUGUUCCAAGGAAAAAGAUUGAGUUUUCUAGAGGGAGUUCAUCUGCAUUCUCUGUUGGAAUCAUUGAUUCCUUGUGUAGUUUGGAUGAAGAAAGUCCCUUAGUAGAACGGGGCAUGUCCCUCUCCGAACAAAGUACUAGUAGCUCCUCUUGUAAGAACCGGCAAGAGUUGCACUCUCGGAGCUCAAUACAUCGGUCUUUAGAUCCUAUUCAUGAAAGAAUACCGUUAAAGAAGUCUUCGUCCUUGUGUAAAAGCAAUAAGCAAUCUGAAUUUGAAGUUGAUAAAACGGAUGAUGAUAAGAGAUGUCAAGGGAUAGAUAAGGCAGUUGGCAAUCUGCACAAGUCAUUAUCUGCGAAAUUGGCUUUGCCUCAUUCGCCUGCUCAUUCAGAUACCGAUGGCUCAAAAGCCAGCAGUCCGAGGGGCCUGCUUCAUCCUGUCCUAAAAAUGUUUGAUCAUUUUGAUAAAUCCAAAUCUCUUAGAAGUCCUUUGAAUUGUACCAAGGAAACUAGGUCUGAGGCAGUUGACAAGAGGGACUAUGGUGUGAAUUGGAACGAAACCGUUGGUAGAUCGUUGCUGACUGAUAUAUCAGACAAGGUACACAGUUUUGGAGUUGGAAAUAGCCCUCAGCUUCAUAAGAAAGGCGUUCAUAACUCACUUCCCCCAUUCACUCCUGCACACCUUCGAGGCCUUCUCAAGAUGGAAUGGAAGCAAGGGAUGCUGUUCUUCGAGUUCUCAGUGAAUUCACCAGAAGAUGUCUACAUUGCAAAGAUGUGCAAGGUGGAUAACCCUCUAUCUUGGGCCUACACGUUCCACUCGCUUCAUCACAGAAGGAGGAGUAGUUCUAAUGCUUGGGGAUUGAGAGAAAGCAUCAAAGAAUCAUCUCUUGUCGGGCAAAUGCUAGUAUCAUGCUAUACAUGCACGGAACUGAAAGGUGCUGGAGCGUAUAACGAUUCCAUGGUCACAGAGUUUGUGUUGCACGAUGUUUCCCAUUUGAGAAAGAGUGUUUCCUCCCAAGAUAGCUCUUGCUGCUCGCCCGAUCUCACUAAACCACCCAUAGUUUCUGAUGAGGUAUCAUCCCGGUGUGAUGGCGAGAAGCAUGAAACACCAGCCAAGACAAGGAAAUCCAAGAAUUCACGCGACAGUGGUCACUGUGAAUCUUCUCAGCCCGUUGCAGCAACUGAACUGCAUCCGGGGCUAGAAAUCGCAGCGAUCAUUAUGCAAGUUCCAUUUGAGAAGAGAGAGAGUCUCAAAUUCAAGAGUGGGGAUAGGCAGAUGGAAAAGCCACUCUUGAACUUGCUAGAUCUUUGUCAGCUUGAGCAGGAGCAUGACGAGGACUCAGCCAACAAUUCAAAUCCCGGGAAGCUGCACGUUGUGAUCCCAGCAGGAAAUCACAGCUUGCCAACUACUCCAAGCCGUGGCCCUACGCCAUUGCUUGAUAGAUGGAAGCUAGGCGGAGGGUGUGAUUGUGGUGGAUGGGACAUGGCGUGCCCCCUCAACGUAUGUGGGAACCCCAAUCUUCAGAUUGCCGAGGGCCAGCCCCUCUUUGACACUCACCAUCCACCUCAACUUUUUAUUCAGGGAAGGAAAGAUAAAGAACCAGCUUUCACAAUGAGGGCAAUCGAGGAUGGGAAAUACGUUGUUGAUUUCCAUGCACAGUUGUCCUCUCUGCAAGCUUUCUCCAUCUGUGUUGCUCUUCUGCAUGCUGCAGAAGCCUCCACCGGUGCUGGACGGGAGAGGAGCGAGCAAAUGCUGCAGAGCGACUCUCUGAGGGUAUUCGCGGAAGAGGAGAUGAAACAUCUGAUAGACACAAUAUCAGAGGAGGAGAAGUUCAAGUCUGGCAAGACGGAAGAUGCCUUGCCAUCCUUCGUGCUGAAUCCACCGUUCUCUCCAAUUGCUCGUGUAUAGGCUCGUGCAACAAGCCACGAGACGAAUAAACGUGGAGAGGUCCGCCUCAAUGGAGCUGUGGUUCCUGGUUAAAAUUAGAGUCCAUUUAUAGAUAAAAUUUUCAAGAAAUAUACAAAACUGUUUAUAUUGGUAGAGAAUAGGGAGGGAGCAAAGUAGGAGUUAAAUUUUGAGUCAUUUGUAUUCUUUGGUUAAAUUAUAAUGUUGUAGUUUAGUGGUGAAGGGAAGUUUUUUUCAUGAAGGUCAAGUAGGAGAGAAAUUUUUUAUGUUGUCCACCUUACCUCAUUUGUAUGUACCUACACAAUAAAUGAAACACCCCUUUUAGUUUCCUA